AUGGUUUCACUUGUCAUUACGUCUGCCACCGUGCCCUCGGCAGACCUGGAAAUGUGCUCUACCGAAGUCGUCAUCCGCCGCAUUCCCGAGUUAUCAGAGGCACGAUAUUUCUCCCAAGUCUUUUCGGCAUCUAGUAGCUCUACGGAGGCCGGGAUCGACAGGGCCUUGGCAGCAAAGGCCGCAGCUCUAGGGAUUUCGACAGCACAAUCGCAAUCUCCCCGGCUCUCAGUACCACAUGAGCCGUCAGACCACCAGACUACCGAUCCAGAAACCGACACAUCCAGGCGUGCGACAAGAGAUUUGGACGACUCGUUAGGGAUAACCGUUACGGAUAUCCCAUCCUCGCCACGUCCCCUUUCAGUAGUCGCAGGUUCCGCUGUCAGCGCCACGCCUGUGUUACCAAAUCCUAACUCGCAGGGUCCUCUGCUUUCAAAGAAGAGAUCAAGGAAUUUGAGCUUUUCUCAAUACGAAAAGUAUCUCGCCCAUGUCGACCCGAACCUCAAGCAGCCCAAAUUUGUCAAAGAGUCCCCUGUGGUUCCGGAACCGGCGCCCAGCUUGUUCAGCAUCGGCAGCAGGAGGAGCCUUAUCAGUAUCAAACGUACGCUGAAAACAAAAGUGCGAUGGCGGAGAUCGGCCGUGUCACCUGUGCCAAUCUCCUGUAUAUGCUGUCGGGAUGAUUUCAACAAGAUCCAGUCACUUCAGACUCUGCCAUGCGGUCAUACCUACUGCAGUUCUUGUCUCAAGAUCAUGGUGAACCAGUCCGUAACUGACGAAUCAAAGAUGCCGCCACGUUGUUGUACCCAGCCGAUACCUGGACACGUCGUCGCGGCUGUCCUUGACAACGAGGAGCAGCAGACAUUCCUCAAGGCUGUCUUGCAAUUUUCGACACCAUGGGAGGCGCGCAUCUUUUGCCCGAAUGCGGCGUGCGGCGAAUUCAUCAAGCCGCGGGCCAAGAUCGAUCCAAAACAUCCGUUCGACGUUACCUGCAAGCACUGUCGGUCCCGAGUCUGCGUCAUGUGCAAACGGGACGCGCAUCCCCUGGGACAAGAUUGUCCAGCAGACUUUGAACUCGAUGAGGUGUUGAAGAUGGGCGAGAAGUCUGGAUGGAGGCGCUGCUACAAGUGCCGCACUCUGGUUGAACUCUCGCAGGGCUGCACGCACAUGACCUGCCGGUGCAAGGCCCAGUUUUGCUACAUCUGCGGAGCUGUAUGGGACAGCACUGUCGGUUGCCCCAACUACUGCAACGGCGAAGAAGAGCUGGAACGUAGACGGCUAGAGGAAGAGGCCCGAAUGGAAGAACUAGAAGCGGAGAAGGAGGCGCAGGAGCAGGCAGCCCUCGCCGUCGAGGCCGAUCGUCUGGUGGCGUUGGAACGAACAGCCGCAAGCCCCGAGUUUGCACAGCUAGCCGAGACCCUAGCGGCAGAGAAGGAGCGUAUCGUCAGGUACGAGAACGAGGCGAAAUCAUCACUGUGGUCGAGGCACACUGAAGAGCGUGUCGCCAUGAUGGAACGAUUCUCGGACCAAGUGGAAAAGAUGAGGGAGCGACACGCCAAGACCACGCAACACCUAGAGGACCGCCAGAUCGCGGCCGAGAUGGACUUGCGCGCCACGCUAGACCAGCGCGCUCGAAGCGUCAAGAUAAGGCUGAGGCACAUGGAGGCCUACUGUGACGGACUGGGCAGGAGCGUCAAUCCCAACCCCGAUACAUCAACAACCAAUAGUAAAAGCGUGGGCAGCAGGCCGAGCUCGCCGAAUCCCGCGGCCAACUUGAGCAUGCCGACGCGCGUCGUGACAGAGAGGGACCUGCGGGAGCUUGGACAGCAGUACAGCAUUCGUGACGACCUCGAGCGCCUUCACCAGGCGCGAAUCAACGUUCUGCGCGACCGGCAGGCGAAGAACAUGGAGGACCUGCAGGACCGUCAGAGGAAGGAGAUGGACAACCUGUUAAGUCAGCGAGAUGAGGAAAUAGAGGACCUUGAAGCCGCGUUCGCAGCCGAAGACGAUGCGCUCCUGUGCGUUUUUGACGAGAGGAGGCAGCGAGCUCGCGCGAGGUGGGCGCUUCGUGUCGAGAUAUUGCAGAAGACCAUGGAGAACAGGACCGGCUUGCGGCACGGACCGAUACCUCUGCCCGAAUGGCCGUCGACUUUGAUGAGCAGCCCGCUAUCCCCUCUGGCUACGCCGCUCGGACUUCAAAAUGAAGGCGCGCAACUUGAUUCCGGCGAUGAGUACUGCUCAUCCACAGACACGGGAAGUCGUGAAGACUGA